AUGCCCUUUGUAGACAUAGAUGCACCUUUUGAAUUUACAAAACUUCCAAUUCCUGUAGUGCCACAAAACAAUUCAACAGAACCAUCUGCCACCGAAUAUUACAAGAAGAUAGAACACUACAUAUCAACAAAUUAUGGUCCUUAUUUCACAUUAGAUGAGAGUUACCCCCUUCAAGUCGAUGUCAAAACAUACGCAACUUUAAAAUUGAAAUACGAACAGCCUAUUCACAUCAACAACACACAAUACCCAAAGAAGUUGCUGUUGGCUAUGAUCCACACAAUGCCAAAUAAAGCGCAAAACAUCAUCAACAUUCGUAACACUUGGUGUCAAGAGAAACACGAACUUGAAUUUGGAUUCAAAUGCAUUUUUAUAUUAGUUCGAGGGAGUGUCACACAGGCAAAUAAAACUAAAUUGUUUAAAGAAAUGAAUAUGACGAAACACGAUAUUUAUUUUGUUGAUAUGCCUUUUUUGAACGAGACGUGGAACACGUUGUAUCAGAAGGACAUUGCCUCGUAUAUAUUUAUGUACCCAAUAUUUAAAGGAUACAAGUUUUAUGGACGUUUUGAUAAUCACGUUGUUGUGAAUGUGGACAUGCUGUGCGACUUAUUAAUAGAACUCCCAACUGAAGGCACGGUCUUUGGUCAUUUUUACUUUAACAAUCCAAAAAGAAAUAAAAAAAGCAAAUACUAUGACAUGUUUGCUCAACCAUUCAAAAAAUAUUAUCCAUUUGUGGCGGGGUACAUCGCGUUAUAUUCGAAUGAUAUGGCAGAGUAUUUCUCAACGUGGGACAAGUACUUCCAAAUACCACCAAGUUCACUUGAAGACACCCCUUUUGGAUUUUUGAGCUAUAAAUACGCAAUGGAAAAACAUAUGAAAUUGACUUUUGUUUUUCCUAAACAAAUUGGAACUGGCACAUCUGGAAAAUAUGGUAAAAAUUAUAUCAUUUUUCAUAGAGGCCGCGAAACUGAUCUAGUUCAGUAUUAUAAUAAAUGUGUAGAAGAUGGGCAUUUUGUUAACUAA